CAUCAAUGUUCAACGUUGUGUCGCUCUCACUAGCCACCUUUCAACUCACACAAUGAGAUCCUGGCUACUAUCUGGAGUGGCUCUCCUCGGCCUCAGAUCCUUUGUGGCUGCACUGGGUGAACCUCAAGUUCUUCGCUUUCCAUCAGAACCGUCGUCACUCAGUACUGAUCACUCCGCUCAACAACCAUUCAAGCCGCAGGACGACUUUGUCAUCGCUUCGAGCCACCUUGGACAAGCUGUACCUCUGCUCCUGGACUCUGAGGAUAAUGUGGCCAUCCACAUCGCGGCGAGAACGUUCGCGAACGACGUCUACAGGGUCACUGGAUUACGACCUGAAAUCUACAAUAAUACCCUACCCGAGGGUAUCUCAUCAGCAUUCAUCAUUGGAUCAUCUUCUUCAGACCUCGUGAGGAAUGUCAACGGUGCUGCCAAACCUCCAGGUAGCUGGGAAAGUUACGACGUGCGGGUAGUCUCCAAGCCACUGAAAGGUCUUAAUCGCGCUCUCGUCGCUGUCGGGAGUGACCGACGAGGAACCAUUUACGCCGUCUACACCUUGUCCGAACAAAUGGGUGUCUCUCCGUUCCACUUUUGGUCAGACGUGCCCGUCAAGAAGCAUGAUACUGUCACCUUUCAAUCUGAUCAGGUCCUGGCUCAUGGCGAACCGACUGUGAAAUAUCGAGGCCUUUUCAUCAACGAUGAGCAUCCAGCUCUUUGGGGAUGGGCGCAAAAGUACUACAACAGGGAGAUCUGGGAGGCUGCUUUCCAGACCGACUUCUAUGAGCCUUGGUUCGAAAUGAUGUUGCGAUUGAAAGCCAAUUACUUUUGGCCAGCCAUGUAUCUGAGCAUGUUUGGAGUCGACGGGUUCCCAGAGAUUCCUAAGGAGCCUAUUCCCGGUCCUAAUGCCGUUUUGGCAAACGAUAUGGGUAUUGUCAUGGGCACAUCCCAUCACGAGCCAAUGGACAGGAACAAACCCGAAUGGGAUCGAGUCAAAGUCGGGCCGUGGGAUUGGACGAACAAGGAAGUCUUGACAAAUCAUUGGACCUACGGAGCUCAACGUGCAAAAGGGAGAGAAGUGCUCUUCACCAUGGGAAUGAGGGGUGAUGGUGAUGCUCCUUUAACAGGUGCGAGUAUAGGACUAGUCGAGAAUAUCACGGCUGUCCAACAAGGUAUCCUCAAGGAUGUCUAUGGGGAUCAAGACGUCCCCAAGAUGUGGGCAAUGUACAAGGAGGUGGCAGACUAUUAUGCUGAAGGGCUGAACGUCCCGGAAGAUAUCUCUAUUCUCUUUUCUGACGACAAUUGGGGUAACAUCAUGUCGGUCAUGGAUCCUGCAAAGCCCCAUCCUGGGGGCGCCGGGAUCUACUAUCAUGUUGACUACGUCGGACAUCCCAGGGCGUAUAAGUGGAUCAAUACUAUCAACCUCGCUAAGACUUGGGAGCAGAUGAAUAUUGCCAGAGCCUUCAAUACGACUCAGAUCUGGAUUCUGAACGUUGGAUCACUCAAACCGCUUGAAAUGCCAUCGGAGCAUUUCCUCAACCUCGCUUGGGAUUUCGAUGCCUGGCCAAGAGACUCGACAAGAAGGUUCCAUGAGCUCUGGGCAGCAAGGGAGUUUGGUGAGGAGGUGAAAGACGAAGUAGCAGAUAUCAUGAUGCUAUACGGACGAUAUGCGUCCAGAGCUAAACCUGAGCUUGUCAACUCCUCCAUGUGGUCCUUGAUCAAUUACAACGAAGCGGAGAGAGUACAAGCUGAAUGGGAUCGACUCGAAGCUAGGGCAACUAAGGUGUACCACAAGCUCCCGGAAGAGACCCGACCGUCAUUCUUUGAGUUGGUUCUGAUGCUUUGCUCUAUGCAAGCCAAUCUCCAGCGUCUUUAUAUUGAAGCUGGGCGAUCCAAUUUGUACGCUGAGCAAGGACGCAAUGCGGCCAACAAGCACGCUCAUGCCGCUAUCGAUGCGCUGUAUCGCGAUGCCAAUCUGACCAAUACUUUCCAUUCUCUCCUUGACUCUAAAUGGGAGCACGCAUUGGAUCAAUCUCAUAUUAAUUGGCAACGUGGAGAUCGACUCGAAGCAGAUCGUGACUCGUUGCCGCCGGUAUCGUUCGUCAAUCCUGCUCUACCCAUCCGACCUGGGAUCCCAAUGGUAGAGCUCAGUAUCCCUCACACAUUCUACACGCGGCUCACUGUCGAGAAUUCUUUCGGCGCUUGGCCAGGAAAGAACUACUGGAAUUGCGCUACUGGCCCAACUUGCCCUGAUCCAAGAUUAUACACGAUGGACCCGUACGGGGCGAAAAGUAGAUGGGUUGAAAUUGGUGCUGCUGGACCCAAAGAUAUACAAUGGAUCGCCUUACCCGAGCAAGAGUGGCUGCACAUCUCCCCUGAUCACGGCACGGUGACGCACGAUGCUUCGACCGAUCAGAGAAUGAUCAUCUCUGUCGAUUGGUCAAAGGUCUCUGAAUCGAUGGAUGGACAAAUCAAUCUCAAAACGAGCGACGGAGGCAAUGUGACCAUCACCGUGCCUGUGAUUCUUCCGCCUCAGCCAUCGAAGGAAUUCACAGGGCACAUCCAGGGUGAUGGCUACGUUGUGAUUGAAGCUGCUCACCAUGUCACUGCCAAAGCUGCUCAAGGUCAUUCAUGGGAAGAGAUUCCAGGAUAUGGACGAACAUUGAGCGGGAUCGAAAUGUUCCCUACAGACGCCAGCAACUUUUCAGUCGGCACAGGUCCAAGCGUCCGAUAUGAUAUCUGGACGCAUUCAGCAGGAGAUGCCGAGCUGAAAAUUCAGAUUGGACCCACUCUCAACUUUCUGAGUCGUAAACAGAUCGCUUUUGGUGUGACGAUCGACGACCAGGAACCAAUCUCUAUCCACCCCGUAUCUCUCGAGAGACUCGGAGGGAUAUACAAUCGCCCAGGUGAACCGCCCGUCUUUGCUGGGGCGGUACCAAAAGAUUGGGAGAACAUUGUCAAGUCGGAUAUUCGGAACGUCACCAUGCCCAUCCAUUUCGACUCACCCGGAAAGCACUCUAUCACAUUGUGGGGUCAAACUGUCGGCGUGGUCGUUGAGAGGCUGUUGAUCGACUUUGGGGAGAUGUCCAAAAGGGGUUACAGCUAUCUUGGUCCUCCCGAGAGUAUGAGAAUGUAGAUGAGAGAAUACAAAUAUCUGUGCAUUGCAACCUGCAUGUAUACUGAACAGACAGUGUACCGGGCAGCUACCCUAUGCGAAGCUGACAUCGGAUUGAAGAGUUCUCGCGACUGUCGGGUUUAAGAAAUAUGCUGUCGGCGUUAAAAUCGGCUUUUCAUCUGAUGUGGCACUUUUGGAUUUCC